UCUUUAAAAAAAAGAUUCAAAUUUUUUUAAUAGUCUGAGUGAAAUCUUUGGAAAAAUUAUUAAAAAAAGCUUUUUGAAUUGGAUUGACAAAUGAUUUUGAGUAAAAGGAUCUGUUAUUUCAAAGAUAAGUUAGCUUUAAUAGUUAAAACUUAUGUUUUAACCCUAGCAAAACCAGUACAAAAUGAAUUUUAGGAUAUUUUUGGGUCUAAGAGAAUCCACAAGAUGGUCACGGUAUUUUAAAUUACAUUUGCAAUAUUUGGAAAUGGGAACUGUUUCGACUAUGACACAUCGAUCUUUAUUAAGUAAAUUAUUAAAUGUCAAUGAAAGUAAAAUAGAGCAUAUUCUUGUGAAAUAUCCAGUCAUAUCCAAACUCGAACAUGAACGGAUUAUAGCUUUGACGAAUAGUAUAAAAGAACUAGGAUUUGCUAAAGAUAUUUUAUUAGAAGAGCCAUUGCUUUUUAGUAUAUUGCCAGUCACAUUGAAACAUAGAUACAAGGUGUUGAAUGAGUGUGGCAUAGAAAAAGUUUCAGCAUUGCAAAUAUUAACUUAUUUACAAAUAGUUAAGAUCAAAACCAUUGGAGAAUUAAAACAAAUGAAUGUUAUUAAAUCAUUUGUAAACAUAGAAAAUAGACUUGCAGGUUACAUGACUCAAUGGCCUACAGCCCUCACUUCUUCCAUUUGUGGUGACAGUGAUAAAAUGACUUUGUACAAAUUACGUCUUUAUAUUAUUCAAAAGUAUCUUGAAUUGAUGCUUGAUGUGACAGAAUUUGAAUUUUACAGAGGCAUCAAAACAUAUCCUACAAUUAAACAUCGUCCACUGGAAGCUAUCAAGGAAACUUUAAAUCUAUUGCAAUCAGUAAUAAUGAUAUCUAAUGAAAAAUUGAAAAAUAAUAUGUAUUUAAUUCAUGCAGAUCCUGAUAAUUUGAAACAGAUUAUUUACAGUUUUUGUUCCAUAGGUGGCAUUGAUAUAAGAGAAAUUUUAAGGAUGAGGCCUAAACUAGCAACAAGAAGUUUUACUUCUCUAGUAGAAACCAGGAAAGUAUUAGAGGAGUACGGAAUAAGUAAUGAAGCACAAAUUAGAUGUUUUGAUAUUUAUACAUUGGGGCCAGAUACUGUAAGAAAAAGAUUGGAAGAAGCUAAACAAAUACCAGAAUUUAAUGCAUUUUUCAGCCAUCCUAGAUUUUUAAAAAUGAUUCAUUACAAAAAUACUGCUUUGAAGAGAAUGAUGAAUUUAUAUAGCAAUAAUAAGAAAUGUCUUAGUCUAAAUAUUUUAUCAGGGAGCUCUGCUCAUUUUGAGAUUUUUGAAAAAGCUCCUGGUGACAGAUUAGGCAAAGGAAAAGAUCUAGUGUUUUGUAUAUUCGAGUCACUUGGACGUAGUUACUCAAUGACUGUUAUACGGCAACAAUUAAGGAGACACCCUUUUUGGAUAAACAUACCUUUAAUUCAAGUGAAAUAUGUUCAUCAACAGUUAUCUGUGUUAUUUAAUAACAGAGAAAUUUAUGAGAAUUGUGCAAUCCUCUUGUAUCCUUGGAGUAAAAUUAAGGAAAUUCUCACUUUAUUGGAUGUAAAUGAUAAAAAAGAAACAAGACAAGUGAAUGAAUGCCUUGACAUUAGCAAAUUAAACAAUUCACAGAAACUGAGUUUAGUUUUAUAUUUACUUGAGAAGAAUCACUAUUUUACUGGAAAUGGUGUGUGGACAGAAGAAAAGAACAAGAUUAUAAUCAACAAUACAGCAAAACAUUCAAAAACUAUGAAUAAAAUGGAAAAUGUUUUAUAGAAAAUCAUUUCAUAUUAAUAAAUGUUAAAAAUAGAUACCCAUUCCUGGUAUAUUUCUUCAUCAUAGGUAAUCAUUAAUAGCUUACUAAGCUAUCUUGGCCCAAUUACAAAAAAAGCUGUUUUUGCAAUGAUAUUGGCUAUAGGCCUACUUAUAAAGGUGAAAAACAGAUCCCUAUCAAUAUGCUUCUGUAGCCAACAUCACAUACUAGGACUAAAUAAUGAAAAAAAAAUUUAAUGCAUAAUCUUAAUUUGAGUUUAGUUAUUAAAAGCUUUAUAUAAUUCCUAAGGUGAACCUCGUACAUAAAAUCAAGUAUUUUAAAAAAAAAAAAAGCGAGUGUGCUUAUGACCACACGACUGAAGUGAAACUUCUUUAGCUCCAAUGAUCUGAAAAUCAUUAACUUAACCUGAAGAUUUGUUGAUAGUAAAAAAAACCACCAAUCCUCGCUGAGUCAGUUAUCACCCACCAAUCUGCACUGGGUCCAUUGUCACCCACCAAUCCGCGUUGGGUCCAAUAUUACCCUCUAAUCCGCACUGGGUCCAAAAUCAUCCACCAAUCCGCGCUGGGUCUGUUAUCAUCCACCAAUCCGCACUGGGUCUGUUAUCACCCACCAAUCCGCACUGGCUUCAUUGUCACCCACCAAUCCGCGCUGGGACUUAUCACCCUCCAAUCCGCACUGUGUCAAUUAUCACCCACCAAUCCGUGCUGGGUCCGUUAUCAUCCUCCAAUCCGCGCUGGAUUCGUUAUAGUCUAAAACUGCGUUGGGACCGUUAUCACCCUCCAAUCCGUGCUGGGUCCGUUAUCAUCAACCAAUCCGCACUAGGUACGUUAUCACCCGCCAA